GACAAAAGUCCGUAAAUAACCGUAAAUGACAGUCAGGACAGUAAUAGAGUGAGCAGAAGCAAGUAAAGGAAGACGUCCACCACUACACAGUACUAGUACGAGUGAGCAGAUGUCCGCCGAUAGCCGAUCAACAAAGACUUCUUCUUUCAUCAUGACACGAUGUCAGCGUCAUCCACUACUUAUAUACCUCAGAUUUACUUCUUCAUCCCUUCCUCUGCAGAGUGCUGGCAUAAUAUCGACCUUCUGAUCAGCAGCAGUUAGGGAAGCAUGUGGGCUGUGAGCUGCUGGGGGUUUGGUGGUGAUCCACUGGGAAUAGAAGGUGCAUUUCCCUUCUCCUAUCUUCCCCCUAUCUCCGUCUUCCAUCUCCCAUCUCCCGAUUCCACCCCAUCCCAUCUGCUCAACAAUCACACACCUUCUGUACCUUCUGUAAUAGUUACAGCUACAGUACGAACCACUCGAGAGUACUAUUAGUCAUCUCCUGCGGGCCGACUCCCUCUGCCUCUGCCUCUGCCUCAACUCCUGCUCCUCGUGUACGUGCUUCUCCUUCUCCUUCAUCGCUCGCUCCCCCACCUCCCCCCGAUCGUCCUCCUCAUCCACCCCU